AUGACCAACUGGACUCUGCCCUCAGAGAUCGGAAGAGAUUCAGUGGCUUUCAACAAUUUCAUGCACACACUGUUAGGACUGUAUAUUUGGGAAUGGGCGACAUCGCUGGACUUCGACCUUUCUUUUGUUCGGGGCAAACGUCGAUUUGGGUGGCCAAUGAUAUUCUACUUCCUCGGACGAUAUUGCCUCUUGUUUGCACUGAUUGGAAUAGCCAUUGCGCUUAAUGUGACAUCCAAAUUGAACUGUCAAGCUUUGUACACUUUCAACCAGUGCUUUGGCAAUGCAGCAGUUGGUUUUGCAAGUAUCAAUCUCUCGAUACGAACUAUGGCUGUCUGGGCUCAACGCUGGUACAUCGUUGUUCCUCUCGUGGUCAUUAUUCUCGGUCAUUGGUCGCUCCUUCUCCACGGUAUCCUCCUCAAAGCAGCAUAUUUCCCUGGUCAAGGCUGUGUUAUCACACAGACGAGCAACAAGCUGCUAGCGAUCUCUUUCAUUUACACUAUGAUCUUCGACCUCAUCGUUCUCAGCCUUUCUGCGGUGAAGCUUGCUUUUCCUAAGGCGGCCCGGAGCAAGCUCGUGAAUCUGGUCUUUGGCGAUGGUCUGAUCUACUUCGUUUUAGCUUUCCUCGCCAACUUGAUCGCGACAGUAUUCAUGCUUCUGAACCUGAACGCGGUCAUGUCCAUCAUUGCCAAUGUGCCUGGUGAGCUCUCAGCCAGACACGACGCGGUCUAG